AGCUUUAUAUAACCAUAUGAACCCGUAAAUCCACGACACUCCACAAUGUCGACCACAGUUACUUCGGCGCUCCCCAGCGCUACCGCAAACAGCCCAGUCAAUACUUCAAACAAUGGAAGUAACACCGGCGGUGGUCCAACAAGCUCGCCGCUGCUGUUUUUUGUUGCUCUGGGGUUUGGCGUUGUCUUCACAAACCUAUGGUAAACACAGUGCCAGCGUCACAUGUGAAGAUUGGUCCGACUGACACUUCUCGCAGGAUUAUCGUCGGUGUGAAGUACUGUUUUAGGUACAACCGUCGCCGCGCGGCCGCUGCUGCUGGCGAGAAUGGAGAACCGAUCGAUAUGACAACCAUGCCGCGGCCGCACAGGAGAAGAAGGGAGAAGAAGCUGAUGACCAUGGACGAGGUCAACGAGCAGUUCCCAUUGAUGAAAUACAAGCAAUGGAAGUCGAGUCGAGAGACCAAAGGUCUGCCAGCGAACGGUGGCAUUGCAACAGCACCACAAAGCAGAGCCGCCAGCAUGAAGGACGUCGAGGGUGUCAUCCCCGCCAGGGAAGGUGCCGCAAGUCCUAGGCCUGGCACCGCACUGUCCAUGGCCCGUGACGACAUCCAAAACCCAGCAGCAUCGCCCAGAGCUAGCAUGUCACCAGCCGAGGCGAAGGAGACUGCCACAGCUUCGAUUAAGCCUGAGGAUGAGAAGUCACCGAUGUCAAGGACCGAGACCGUUGACACGACAGGGAAAGAUACAGACCCAGCACACAUUCGCCGUGAAGACGAUGACGAGUCUGAUGAUGAGGACGACCCUAUCCGCACCGCUACUGCCCCUGAGAUGUUGGCCGAGCCCGGGGAUACCUGCGCCAUCUGCUUGGAUACGCUCGAGGACGAUGACGAUGUACGAGGACUCACUUGCGGCCACGCUUUCCACGCUAGCUGCGUCGACCCAUGGCUGACAAGUCGUCGCGCCUGCUGUCCUCUUUGCAAGGCCGACUACUACGUCCCCAAGCCUCGUCCAGAAGGUGAGGCCGCUGAUCAGGCAGGUGCAGGUCGUCACCCAGGAAUGGGUAUGCGAUCGCCCUCAUCACCUCAGGCAAUAUGGACCAGUUCUCGCAAUAGUCUGUUCCGCUCUCGUGUGGUCAUCAUUGGCAACCCAGCGACUCAACAUGUCCAACGGGCUGACCGCUUCGGCCGUCUGAGCCGACCCAGUCGACAGACCCGUUCUGCAACUGGGGCUGCGACGCAGCAACCGGAGACUACCGAGAACUCGGGGUGGAUGUCAAGGCUCCGAGCGAACAGGACACAGGGACAGGGUCCUGCGUUCUCGAACUGGUUUGGUCGUAGUCGUAACGAGGCGCAACAAAACAGCACCACACAGCCCACACCCAGCCAGCUUGAAGCUGGUAACAGGUAGUCGUCAUAUGCCAGAUACGAAUUUAUAUUUUCUUCACGAAUUCCACGCUUCCCACGAUCAUUCUUUUAGCAAAAAAUCAUGCGACAGAUUUACACACAGGCGGUAC